AUGGCCAUAUGGAGCCGUCGUCAGAUGUCGUCCAGCUCAAACCUCAGCUUCCCAGGUCCGCCUGGCCUGGGAUUCGGUGGCUCGUCCGGAUCCUCCUCUCCAACCUACUUCCAACGGCAGACUAGUUUGCCCGCAAAUACCAUUAUCCGCUUCGUGCCCCAGCAGACAGCCUGGAUUGUCGAGCGCAUGGGUAAAUUCAACAGAAUAUUACAGCCCGGAUUGGCUAUCCUGAUGCCCAUUAUCGACCGCAUUGCCUAUGUUCAGUCACUGAAAGAAUCGGCGAUCGAAAUCCCGAGUCAGAGUGCGAUUACGGCGGAUAACGUAACGUUGGAGCUUGAUGGUGUUCUAUACACAAGGGUCUUUGAUGCGUAUAAAGCAAGCUACGGGGUCGAAGAUGCGGAAUAUGCUAUUGGACAAUUGGCGCAGACGACGAUGCGAUCGGAAAUAGGCCAGUUGACGUUGGACCAUGUCCUCAAGGAACGGGCGAAUCUCAACUCGAAUAUUACACAAGCCAUCAACGAGGCUGCACAGGAGUGGGGUGUGGUAUGUCUAAGAUACGAAAUCCGAGAUAUUCAUGCACCAGAAGGAGUUGUGGCAGCCAUGCACAGACAAGUCACCGCAGAGCGAUCGAAGAGAGCGGAAAUUUUGGAGUCUGAAGGUCAACGGCAGAGUGCGAUCAACAUCGCCGAAGGUCGGAAACAGUCGGUCAUCCUGGCCUCCGAGGCUCUAAAAGCGGAGCAGAUCAACACAGCUUCUGGUGAAGCCGAAGCCAUCAUGCUGAAGGCAGAUGCUACAGCGCGUGGAAUCGAUGCCGUUGCGGCUUCCAUCCAGAAGGGUUCUACUGAUGCUCAGAGUGCCAUCAGCUUGAGCGUGGCAGAGAAGUAUGUCGAAGCAUUUGGCAGACUGGCCAAGGAGGGUACUGCUGUGGUGGUGCCAGGGAAUGUGGGAGACAUGGGUGGAAUGAUCGCCAGUGCCAUGGCAGUCUACGGGAAAGUGAGCGAAGGGCAGAGGAAGGUGUUGCAGCCGAGGGCAAUCGAGGCCGCGCCCUCCAGCGAAUAUGCUGAGACUUCUUCUGCUGAUGCCAAAGAUGCAGUCCUCGAAUCGUUUGAGAAGACCGCUCGGGCGCGGAAGUAA